AUGUCUGAUGGAGAUAGGUUAGCUCCUCCAGUUACAAGGUCUCGUGGACCACCAACUGUGACCGGACUCUCUCCUACUGAAGGGACUCCUGGCACUCAGAUAACAAUACGAGGUGAGAACCUAGGCACGGAUCAGAAUGAUUUGCUCAUGCUUUUCAUCUGCGGCACCGACUGCAUGCACACAGCAAAAUGGAAGACCGAUAAGAAAAUUAUUGCUCGUUUGGGUCAAGCGAAUCGUGGCUUAGGAGAAGUUAAAAUAGCUACCAAAUCUGGUGGACGAGGAAUUUGCAAUGUGAAAUUCAGGGUAUUCAUUGCUCAAAUUGGACCACUAGAGGAAUCAGCAGUAUGGGUGGACGAGACACAGACGGUUCCAGGGCGAGAGCAUAGAAGAACUACGGAGGCACUGAAAAUGAUGCAGCUUGCUAAAGCUGACGAAGCAAAGAAAAGCGAAAAGAUGCACAAGAUUUCUGAAGCUCGGUUGAAAGCAGAGAGCGUAUUCAAGGAUGUUUUGUCACGCAAGGAUCGAGCCGAUGCUACCAGAAACGCGCUGUCUGUCCUUACACGUUUCAAAUUCAUUUUCUUCCUCAGUAAGACUAUAGACGACAACAUGAAAAAGGGUGAAUACUUGACCAUUCUCAAUGACUAUAUGCGGGCAAAAUCUCUUUACAAGGAUACAGAGGUUGCUUUGUUCAAAGAAGUUAUGGCUCAUCUUGAUACGAAAAUGGAGAAAUUCAAGGAGCAGAUGAAGAUGAAGCUGAUCGAUACUUCAGCUUCAUUCGAAGAGCAAAGCAAACUCAUCAAAUACCUUAAGGUUAGUUAUAACAGCAUAUUUUAG